AUUAUAUAUUGUUUUUUAUAUAAAGUAAACAAACAGUGAAACACAAGACACAAACACACACUUAUAUAUCUGAUAUAUACUUCAAGAGUUGUCUAACAAAUUAUUUUACCGAUAAUAAAGUGACCAUUUUUUGGUUGUUGGUUAUCUAUUUAUCUAUUUUUUUGGUGACCAAAUCAUUCACCCGAACAAAGGAUUAACGGGUCGGUGACCUCUGUGUGCGAGCGCGCGACCACUGCUUCAAUAACCGUAUGGAUAUGUUAUUCACUAUAGUAUACGAUGUGUGUGAGUGUGUGACCACUACUAAAUGUGACCACUAAGAGCCCCCGAUAAUUACCGAUAAUAGAGAGAGAGAGAGAGAGAUGUGCAAAAAGUGUGAGUCCUGUGAUGGCCAUCAAAACUCGCUUAUCGACGGCUGCCGUCGAAAUGAGGUCAGCACUGUUAGCGUUGUUCCCCGUAAAUUGGUGGCCACUAAGAGGCCAAUCGACGCCUCCGCUAACGAUGACCAAGAGUUCAACGAUUGGGAAGGUAUUAAAAGGCGACGCAUUUGUCCACAAAAUCUGGUGAUCCGUUUGUUGCGACGCGAAGUGAGCUACGGUCGACCAGUUGGCGGCUGCGGUAUCGGUCGCCACGGCCUGAGGUCACUGCACCAGAAUAUUGUACCGAACUUUACGAUUGUUAACAUUGAAAAACCAAACUGUUUUCUACGCAAGUUUACGCCCGACGGUCGCCACUUAUUGGCCUUCAGUGCCGACCAAACUUGUAUCGAGAUUUACCAAUAUAUGGGUCCGUCGGCCGCAUCUCAUCUCUUGAAAGACAUCCCCUCUGCCCAAGAGUUCACAACCAAUGGAAGCGACGAAAAGUCUCAACGACUCAAAAGCAAAGUAUUUGAGACAUUAUUCAAGUUGAAGAAUGUGGUAAAUGUGACCACAAAUGGCGAACAAUUGAAUCGCGAGUGCAGUCUGUUUACAGACGACAGCCGUUUUGUUAUUGUUUGUUCGGCUGCAUUAGUCGGCGAAGAGUCGCCGCCCGUCUACUUUGAUAUCUAUCGAAACAACGAAUCUGUUUCGCCGAGCCAACGGUCGCCACUUGAAGACUAUUCCCUACAUUUGAUUGACAUAAUCAAUGGUAGAGUAUGUGAUAAGCGUGUGUUCAAAACCGAUAAAAUCAUACUGAGCCACAACCAGGGCAUCUAUUUAUAUCGGAAUACUCUGGCCGUACUGUCUGUCCAACAUCAGACCAUUCAUGUGUUUCAGAUCUCCAAAGAGGGCCAAUUCAUUGAUGCCAAAAGUAUUGGCCGAUUUUGUUACGAAGACGACGAAUUUCUUGUAUCAUCGGCAGCAACCAGAGAGAGGUCGGCUUCAACUGGUAGCCGACACCAUCAUCACCAGUCGAAUAUUAUUAGGCCAUUCCGUGAAGUGACACUGAAUUCACUUAAACAUCGAUUAAUGGUUUUUCUCUAUCGAAAAGCUCAUCUCGAAAGUCAACUGAAUGGUAACAAUUUGCCACUUCGCCGAUUCUACCAGAACUUUGACCAGUUUUGUGCGCUUCGUAUAUGGAAAAUGCAAUUAUUAGAUGAAAAUCAUUUGCUUCUCAAGUAUGCCAGCGAAGAAGUAAUCACUUUACGUCUGUCCGAUCUCAAUAGUCCGCCGUCGCUGUUCGUUGUCUACAAUAUCAAUACCAGUUGUGUGAUCUCAGUCUUCGAGAAUACAUCGGAAGAGUUGUUGCAACUAUUUGAAAGUUUUUGCGAUCUGUUCCGUAACUGUUCCCUACAGAGUUCCCAGCAAUUGAUUUGUUCGCCAUCUAAUAACAUACAUUCACGACUAUUGCAGCAACGGUUUAAGCAAACCAUUGUCAAUGCCCGUAACGGUGGCCAAACCGAAGCCGUUAGACGACUGUUGGCUCAGUUACCGAUUAGCGCUCAAUCGUUUACGUGCAGUCCAUAUCUGGAUCUGUCACUGUUUAGCUAUGACGACAAAUGGAUAACAUUGAUGGAAAGACCCCGAUCCUGUGGCGAUCAUCCCAUACGUUUCUAUGCACGCGAUUCAGGUAUACUUAGGUUUAAGAUAUUUACCGGUUUGCAGAACCAUCGGACCACUGUAUCAACUGCCAGAAGACUGGUUGCAUUUACUUUGCAUCCAACUGAUCCAUUGUUGAUCAGUGUUCAGCGUAUUAAUGCUGAAUAUGUGGUUAAUUUGCACGUCAGACACUUUAAUCCCUAA